AUGGCUUCUUACCUCCUCCACACCCUGGGCGACUUGGCGAGCCCCGUGGGAAGCAGAUCUGUCCGCUGUGCGAGGGCUCUGGGGCCAGCUGCCACGGGCUCUCUGAACUUCCGCCGUGGUUCUGAGAGGUGGUUCCAGUUUAAUAAGGUGGUUCCAGUUUACGUGGCCGAGGGCGGCCCGGCCCGCGAGCCGCUGCAGCUGUUGGAGGUGUCCCCCCGCAAGAGGCUGCCCAACGGGCCCGAGCAGGACCCAUGCGGCAGCCGCCCUGCGCCCGAGGGCGCCGGUGCGGGCGCAGAGCAGGGCCACUCGGCCGGCGGGGGCGGCUGGUGCCGCCACUGCCACACGAAGCUCGCCGAGCUCAAGCGACAGGCGUGGAAGCUGGUCAGCGGGCCCGGAACACCCCUCCGGGACCCUUGCCUCUCCGCUCUGCUCCUCGACAAGCUGCCGGCGCCCGGGGCCCCGCCGACAUGCCGCCCGGAGGCCGAGCGCCGCUGCGACGUCUGUGACACGCACCUGAACCAGCUCACGCGGGAGGCCCUGCGGCUGCUCCAGGCACCUGCCAGCCGCGAGGACCCUGACGCCCCGCACGGAGGCCCUGGCCUCGUGCCCCCCGGCCCGGGCACCGUAACCAGCCCGCGGGCUGUGCCAGUGGCCGGUGGCCCGGCCGGGAGGCAGCCGGGCCGAGUGGGGCCGGACAGGAGGCAGGGACUGGCCUGGCCGUCCGGGCCCAGCGUCCAGGUGUCGGUGGCACCUGCUGGCCUCGGGGGAGCACUGAGCACGGUCACCAUCCAGGCCCAGCAGUGCCUGGAGGGCAUGUGGAGCGUCUCGAGGGUCAACAGCUUCCUGCCACCGUCGUGCCUGGGUUCAAGCCUCCCCAGGUACCACACUGGUCCCUGGGCCCCCCUGCUCCACUCGGCCCCAAGGGCUGUGGACAAGCACUGCCUGGGCCACCUUCUACGCCAGGCCUGGGAGGACCAGGGUCCUCAUGCUGAUGGGACAUGGGCCUCCCUGGUGACCCUGAGGGUGAAGAGCCACAUUCUGGAGGGCCCAACGUCCUCGGGGUCUCCUAAGGGACUGCUUCUGCACCCCGCCUACGGGGCCAUGCCCAGCACCAUACUUUCUCAGUCCUCCGGCUUCCGUGAGCACCUAAAACAUGUCAGGAAUCAGGAAGACCCUGGGGGGGCCUACCGCACAGACCUGGUCCCCUCCACAUCCUCGUGCCAACACCUUGCCUGGGGCACGGAGGGCCAGCCAGGCCUCGGCCUGGACGAUAAGAACGAGAAGCUGCUUCUCCAGGAGGCUGUGGAGACCCAAGGCAAACGUGUGGCCCCCCGGGACGGCUCUGCCGCGGGGCCCACGCCCAGCAGCACGGGCCAGGCCGUCACUCCACUCAGGCCCGGGCCAGCCCACCGUCGCAUGCAGCCUCUCCGCCUCCAGCCAGAGGGUUCUGGCACCACCCGGCGAUGGCGCGGGUCGCCCACACUGACCUGUCUCCGGAGUCCCGCACGGGCUGAGGAGGACCCAGGGUUGAUGGGUAAGGUGAAGGUCAUGUUGCGAAUCUGGCCGGCACAGGGGGCGCAGCACUCGGCCGAGCCCACGUCCUUCCUGAAGGUGGACCCGCGUAAGAAGCAGGUGACCCUGUACGACCCGGCCGCCGGGCCCCCGGGAAGCUCGGGCCCCCGACGAGCCGCCGCUGUGGCUCCUAAGAUGUUUGCCUUCGAUGCGGUCUUCCCCCAGGACUCGGAGCAGGCUGAGGUCUGUUCCGGGACAGUGGCUGACGUGCUCCAGGCAGUGGUCGGGGGGGCUGAUGGCUGCAUUUUCUCCUUUGGCCACAUGAGCCUUGGCAAGUCCUACACGAUGAUCGGGAAGGACAGCUCGCCUCAGAGCCUGGGUGUCGUGCCCUGCGCCAUUUCCUGGCUCUUCAGGCUCAUCGACGAGCGCAAGGAGAGGACGGGCACCCGCUUCUCCGUCCGCGUGUCGGCCGCGGAGGUGUGCGGCCCCGACGAGAGCCUGCGGGACCUGCUGGCCGAGGUGGCCUCCGGCAGCCUCCAGGACGCCCAGUCCCCGGGCGUGUACCUGCGCGAGGACCCGGGGUGUGGGGCGCAGUACGCGUCCAGCUCCUCGGGCGGGGACAGCUCCUGUGAGGAAGGCCGCGCCCGCCGCCCACCGCACCUGCGACCCUUCCGCCGCUCCAUGGCCCCUGACCCUGGCCGCCUGGCCCCCAGCUCACCCGGAGACCCCGAGUGCUCGUCCAGCAGUGAGCAGUCCUGCGACACCGUCAUCUACGUGGGGCCUGGCGGGACGGCACUGUCCGACCGCGAGCUCACUGACAACGAGGGCCCGCCCGACUUCGUGCCCAUCAUCCCCGCGCUGAGCCGCCGCAGGCCCUCCCAGGGCCCUCGAGACGCCGACCACUUCCGUUGUAGCACCUUCGCCGAGUUGCAGGAGCGGCUGGAGGGCAUUGACGGCAGCGAGGGUCCCUCCGAAACCCUGAGCGUCACCAGUGGGGCCCAGCCCGGCCCGGCCUGCGGGGCCAGGAGGCCCUCCCCGCCCGAGGCCGCCGCCCCCAGGAAGGCUGUGGGCUCCCCGCUGGCGGCCAGCACACCUCGAGGCAGCCCCGGCCCGGACACCCACCGGGGUGCCCCAGAGCCCUCCAGGGCCAGCGCCGACCAGAGGGAGGGAGGCAGCGUUAGGCCUGUGCCACCCGGGCCGGACAAGGUCACCGCGGGCGGAGGCGGGAGGCCACUGCCCGGCCCGGCCCCUCCGCCUCCUCGGCAGCCAGAAGCCGGCCCAGCCCCCGAGGACCCCGGGGGCGCGGACACAGAUGGUGCGGCACGGACACCCCCCGUGGGCAUGAGCGGGCAGACCGGCCGCCCCCGUCCGUCUGCACGAGGCCGCCGUCUGGAGCGGGGCCUGCUGACCACCACGGUGACCCUGCAGCAGCCCGUGGAGCUGAACGGCGAGGACGAGCUGGUGUUCACGGUGGUGGAGGAGCUGUCUCUGGGCGGGCUCACCGGCUCCGGCCGCCCCGCCAGCCUGACCAGCUUCGGCAGCAACUGCUCUCUGCAGGCUCUGGCCUCCGGCUCGAGGCCCGUGAGCAUCAUUAGCAGUAUCAACGACGAGUUCGAUGCCUACACCACCCAGGCGCCCGGCGGGCCCUCAGAGGGCGCAGCCUGGGCCGGGAGCAGCCAGGGCUCCUCCAUCAGCUCUCGGCUCAGCGAGGUCAGCGUGCGCGCGGACGAUCGCCACAGCCCCGCGCCGCAGCCUCCCUUCGGGGCCGGCCCUGACUCGCCGGCAAGGCCCGACCCUCCGGGCCCCCCCGUCCUGGGUGGCUCCCCGGAUGAUGGCCGCUGUCGGUUCCCGGAGCACGGGCGAUCGGACAGUCCUGGCCCGGCCCGGAGUCCUCGUCCUGGGGAAGCGGCCGCCGCAGCCCCCGCCCGAGUUGGCCGGGAGUGCCUGGCCGUGUCCCCAUGGGGGGCAGCCCCGGCACAGACCAUCCACUCCAGCCUUCCCCGGAAACCGAGGACUCCCUCAGCGGCCAGCCGUGCAGGCUGCCCUCGCCUGGCCCCGAGCCCGCCGGGCCCUGGAGGCCUGUUCGAGGACCCUUGGCUGCUGCGGGCAGAUGAAUGUGGUGCCCUCCAGGGGGUCUCUGCCGGCAGGGCCUCCAGCCCGGCCCCCGCGCUGCCUUGUGCCCGCAGGGUCGUGGACGGCUGUGAGGUGGCAGCCAGGGCAGGCCACAGGCCGGAGGCCGUGGCUCAGAUCCCACCGCUGCGGAGGGGAGCCACCACACUGGGUGUGAGCACGCCCACCGCAUCCUGCAGGGACGCCCUGGCUGACGCGGCUGCCUGCUUGGGCGGCCCGAAGGAUGCCCCCAGCCGCAAGAAAAGUGUGGUCCCCAAGGGAGGCCUCUUCCCGAGGCCCAGCGGGGCGGCCCCCCCAGCCCCUCCUGUGCGCAAAUCCAGCCUGGAGCACAAGAGUGGCCCAGCUCUGGCCGCUCCCCAGGCCGGGGGCCUCUCGCGACCUGCGGCUGCCGCCCUCCCCCGAGGGGAGGAGGAGGCCAGGCCCGGUGGCCGGGCUGACCACUCCGUCCCCAGGGCCACGUCGAGCCUGAAGGCCAGGGCUGGCAAGGCGGAGGCAGUGUCCCGUCCCACCACCCACGGCUCUCUGGAGCGGUGUGAGCUCCUGGGGCACAGCAGCGGCAAGGCCAGGGAAGCUCCCGGCAGGCCAGCCCGGGCCGUGCCCAGGCUGGGUGUACCGUCCACCAGCCCCACGCCUGGGCCCGCUCCUGCCUGCAGGGGCAGCCCAGCCAAGGGAGUGGGGGCCCCGAAGCCCCCGGCCGCAGGGGGCAAGGGCCGCAGCCUAGCAGCUGGCGGGUCGAGGGCUCUGGGUGUUCCCGUGAAGCCACUAACCCCAGCAGUGGGCAGGACCCCCGGUGGCCCCGUGAUGGCGCCCCGGGUGGCCCCACGGGCAGUGCCUGGCAUGGGGGCCAAGGCCAGCCGCGGCACCAUCAUGGGCACCAAGCAGGCGCUCCGGGCCGCCCAUAGCCGCGUCAAUGAGCUGGCAGCCAGCGGAGCCCCUGGCAGAGGUGGCCCCCCCUGGGGCUCAGUGGACUCGGACAGCGGCAGUGACAGUGGUGUGAACGUGGGGGAGGAGCGGCCGCCCGCGGGCCCGGCGCUGCCCUCCCCCUAUAGCAAGGUGACUGCCCCACGGAGGCCCCAGCGCUGCAGCAGCGGCCACGGCAGCGACAACAGCAGCGUGCUGAGUGGCGAGCUCCCGCCCGCCAUGGGCCGCACCGCCCUGUUCUACCACAGCGGUGGCAGCAGCGGCUAUGAGAGUGUGCUCCGUGACAGCGAGGCCACCGGCAGUGCCUCCUCUGCCCCCGACUCCAUGAGCGACAGUGGCGCCGCCUCCCCUGGCGCUCGCUCUCGAAGCCUCAGGUCUCCCAAGAAGAGGGCCACAGGUCUGCAGAGGAGACGGCUGAUCCCAGCCCCAAUGCCCGACACGGCUGCCCUGGGCCGCAAGCCCAGCCUCCCCGGGCAGUGGGUGGACCUGCCCCCGCCCCUGGCCGGCUCCCUGAAGGAGCCCUUCGAGAUCAAGGUGUAUGAGAUCGACGACGUGGAGCGGCUGCAGCGGCACCGCCCGCUCCCGAGGGAGGAUCCGCCUGAGGGUCCGGCGUGCAACAGUGCCACGCUGCGGCUGGCUGAGCGCAGGCAGCAGAGGCUACGAGAGGUUCAGGCCAAGCGUGAGCACCUAUGCGGGGAGCUGGCCGAGACCCAGGGCCGGCUGAUGGUGGAGCCCGGCCGCUGGCUGGAGCAGUUCGAGGUGGACCCGGAGCUGGAGCCCGAGUCAGCAGAGUACCUGGCGGCCCUGGAGCACGCCACGGCCGCCUUGGAGCAGUGCGUGAACUUGUGUAAGGCCCACGUCAUGAUGGUCACCUGCUUUGACAUCAGCGUCUCCGCCCCCGCCGCCACGCCCGGGCCGCAGGAGGUGGACGUCUGAGGCUGGGCACUGGGGUGCGCAGAGGGGGCGUGGGAGGGAGCGAGGAUGUGGUAGGGGUCGGAGGGAGGAGGAUGCAGAGGGUCGGCUGAAGGACCGGGGGGGUCUCAGAGGCGAGGGAGCGUGAGGGAGGGGCUGGCCGAGUGCAGUGAGCGGACAGGGAA